AUCGUGAUGAGCUGGCGUUUUGUACCUGGAACCGGAAGUGUUGUCUUGUCUUGGUUCAGAUGAGCGCAGCCAAGCUAAGAGCUAGCUUAGGAGGCUGUGAAAGACAUAACUUGUGAUUAUUACUGUUACUGUUUAUUGCUGUUGGUUAGUGUGUGACACAUCUGCAGGGAUGAGUCUCCAGUGGACAGCGGUGGCCACCUUUUUGUACGUGGAGGUCUUCUUGGUGCUCCUCCUGUGUAUUCCCUUCAUUUCUGCAAAGAGGUGGAACGGUGUCUUCAGGUCUCGGCUGGUCCAAACCAUUGCCUUAUAUGGAAACACUUCCUUUAUGGUGGCGAUGGCCAUCCUGGUCUUCCUGCUCAUUGACGCCUGCCGUGAGGUGAGGAAGUACAGCGUGACGGAGAAGGUGGACCUGAGCAACAAUCCAACAGCUGUUGAGCACAUUCACAUGAAGCUCUUUCGAGCUCAGAGAAAUCUUUACAUCGCAGGAUUCGCACUCCUUCUCUGUCUGUUGCUGCGUCGUCUGGCCACACUUCUCUCCCAGCAGGCCUUGCUGAUGGCGUCUAACGAGGCGUUCAAGAAGCAGGCGGAGGGCGCUAGUAAUGCCGCCAAAACCUUCAUGGAGGAGAACCAAGUGCUGCAGGAUAAACUACGUGACGCUGGCAUAGAGGUGCCAGAGGCGGGCAAAAAAGGAGGAGGACUGCAGGAAGAGAACAAGACUCUGAAGGACGAAGUGAAGACAUUGAAGGAGGAACUAGACGCCACCAAAAAAGCUCUGCACAAGUCAGAUGGUGACGUUCGUGCGAUGAAGAAGCAAGCUGAAAACUUGACACUGGAAUACGACAGACUGCUGGACGAACACAGCAAACUGCUGGCCAGCGGCGACAAGAAGUGCGAUUGAGCAGGUUGAAGAUGGUCUGCGUCUCACCGUCAUAGCCCUCUCUGAUCCAUAGAUUUGCCGCCGGGGGUGAACGCAAGACAUGCAAUUCUCCACCAAGACAAGGUUUGGAGGGGGCGGAGCCAGUUGGCAUUGCUUAACACGAGAGGGGUAUACGACGAAAGUGGCUCAACAAAGGCUUUGUGCUCGAGAUGCAGCUCAACAAAACCUGAAUUCCCCAAACAGUAAAACGGUACCGCAACGGUGGUUAUCAGCUUAAUUUGUCAAGUCUGGUUCUUGGCUUUUUGCUCAGUGCGCAGUCACAUAAGGGGGGGCAUUUGAUGUCAUAUUCUACUUCCGUUCAAAAACCUAGCUAUCCUGGCUGGUUUAUUUUACAAAAAAUGAGCAAGUAAUUAUUAUGGAGCGUUAUGAGGAGUUCCCAAAAGAUAUUACUGCCAAAAGCAUCACUGUCGCCGCCAAUCGAGCGACGGAGGAACGCUGGCAGAAUAAUGCUGAGCAUGUAAAUGCGAACACUGAUUAUUACACUAACUGUACCCUACUAGUCUUUUCACUUACCAACGUUCAACAUUGCACAACUUUCACAUAUUAACACUUAUACAUUUAAAAAAUUAAUAGAAUACUGUACUCUGUGGUGACCAAUAGGUGGCAGUGUUGAUGUAUUUUAUGAUGACUUUUUUUCUUUGUGAUAAUUGUUUGGGUUUGUUAUAAUAAAGAGUUGUUUUGAUGCA